UCUGAGCAUUAUAAUAUUGUGUUGUCUCUGCACGCCGUCCGACCGUUGGACCGAUGCCGCCGCUGCGGGUGCCACUGGCCGCCUGGCUGGUAUGUUGGUUGGCCACCGUGGCCACCGGCAAAAGAGUGUACACCGUGCCCUUAGACGAAACCGGCGACACGACCCUCUACUGGACGGUGGAUCGUGCCGCCGAAUCGGUCAUGUUUGAGGCACACGUAAACGUGUCCAGCCCAUUCGAUUGGGUUGCUUUGGGAUUCUCCGACCGUGGCAACCACACUGAUGCCGACUACUGUCUCAUGUGGGUCGACUGGAAAAGUCACACCCGAAUGCUGGAUACAUGGUCUGAUCACACGGGAAGAAUAACCGUAGACGAACGACAGGAUUGCGAAGAAUUUGACGUGGUCCGUCUCCACAACGGCCUUACUGCUUUGACGUUCACCAGAAAAUUCGACACUUGCGACGAUCAGAGAGAUUACUUGAUUGAAGAUGGGACAACUCAUUUGGUGUGGAUGGUUGGCGGAGGUCCGCUGUUCGCAGUAGACGGUCUGUUGGUGUCGCAAGCUAGAGCUAAAGGUAUGCAACGGGUACAGUUGUUAAAACCAGAAAGGCCGUCCGUUAAGUUGCCAAAUAACGUUGCGAAAAUCGACGUGUUGGCCAACAAGGUUGAAGUGCCAGCCGAAGAAACCACCUACUGGUGUCACGUGAUGAAGAUUCCUCUGGAUUUAUCGUUUAAACAUCAUAUUGUCAGGUUUGAAUCAGUCAUCGAGGAGAGUAGCAGAGGCGUUGUACAUCACAUGGAAGUUUUUCACUGCGAGGCUGGUGCAGGAGACCAGAUGCCUUUAUACAGCGGUCCUUGCUUCGGCGACAAGAGGCCGUAUAAAACACAAGUGUGCAAGAAAGUCAUGGCCGCCUGGGCUAUGGGGGCAACGGCGUUUGUUUAUCCAGAAGAAGCUGGUUUGCCUAUCGGAGGUCCAGAUUUUAACGGUUUCGUUAUGUUGGAGGUGCACUACAACAAUCCUGGUUUAAGGAAGGGAAUAGUGGAUAGUUCGGGCGUAAGACUUUACAUAACGCCAAAUGUGAGGAAGUAUGAUGCCGGUGUAAUUGAAUUGGGGUUGGAGUAUACAGACAAAAUGGCAAUUCCUCCUAAUCACCCGGAUUUCACAUUAAGCGGUUACUGUAUAGCUGAAUGCACGGCAGUGAGCAUACCACCUUCGGGUAUUGAAAUAUUCGGAUCGCAAUUGCACACUCAUCUGACCGGAACAAGGAUUUACACGAGGCACGUGCGGGACGGACAGGAACUACCGGAACUCAAUAGGGACGAUCAUUACAGUACUCACUUCCAGGAAAUCCGAUUGCUCAGCAAACCGGUUCUAGUACUGCCGGGGGACGCUCUGAUAACCACGUGUCAUUACAGUACUGAAAAUCGGCAAAACAUCACUUUGGGUGGUUUUAGCAUCACCGACGAAAUGUGCGUUAACUACGUGUACUAUUACCCAAAGACCCAACUGGAGGUGUGCAAGAGUUCCAUCAGUGAUCAGAAUCUCAAAACGUACUUUAAAUUUCUCAACGAGUGGGAAAGGCAACCGACGUCCCUGGAACAGUGUGUCAGCGAUAACUACCGAGGAGUCGAAUGGACUCCAAUGCGAAGUCAAGUACUACAUCAGGUCUAUUCAGACAGCACGUUGUCUAUGCAGUGCAACAGGAGUUCGGGCGAACGGUUUCCUGGUGACUGGGAAAACAGGCCUUCCACGAAAAUCCUAUAUACUCUACCACCUCCGGCUAGAAAUUGUCCUUCACAAUUAAACGUCGUAGGAUAACUGUAUAGUAGCAUUAUCACUUAUCAGUCGUCUAGAUUGACCGUAGCAACAUCAGCUGAACCAGAUAUUAGAAGUUAUCAUUAUAAUAUUAGCCUCGCUUACACUACAUAACUAUAACUAAUUAUAAAUAUUAUACAGUUUAUGAUAGUUCACUGAUUUUUGUCAUGUCAUAUGUGUUAUAAUAAAACGCACAAAUUAUA